GGGCCUGGCCGGGUCGCCCGCGCCUCCUCCCGACGCUGCGCGGCUGGCGUGUCGGUCGCGGUGCCUGCCUCGCCUGGCUGGGCUCGUCCUCUGGGGACUGGAGUGGAAGUUCUCUGAGACUCUUGUCCUUGUACUACUAAAAUUAUCCCUAACUAAAGAUGCAUCCAGACCUGUCUCCACAUCUGCACACCGAAGAAUGUAACCUAGUUAUCAGUCUGCUCAAGAAGUGUCACAAGGAGCACAACAUUUUGAAAUUUUUUGGCUAUUGCAAUGAUAUUGACCGUGAGAUGCGGAAGUGCUUAAAGAAAGAGUAUGAAGAAAACAGGGCCAGGAACCGGGCAAUGCGACGGAGGCUAAUCGAUGCUCACAAAAACUCAGAGAAGUGAGCUGUGCUGUAGUCGGACAGCUGCAUCUCAAUAGGGACACUCAGCUGAAAGUUGACAGAUUACUUCUUUCCCAUCACCAAUUCUCAGCCUGUGGUUUGUGAAAUCGUGAAAAAAUAAACGCACCUAAUACAUACAUACUCAUUCCCAGCAAGGCAAACAGUGUGGAAAAAAAUAAAUAUAAUAAAUGAUCACUCACAACUUAAUUUUUGACCUCUAAAAGAAAACUCUUGUGGCAGGUCUUUGUUCUGGUAUAGUUUUGUUAUGAUUGUUAAGUAACGAGGAGUCAGUGUGUAUGGAGUAUUAUGUAUUCAAGGCUGCUAUAUUCCGUACCUUGUGUUGAAUUGCAUGUAUUUCUUUGUGUUUAGCAGUUUCUCUUUCAUAUCUUGGGGUUUUUUGGUUUUGUUCUUUUUCUUGCAAAACACUGAAUGACUUUUUCCAUCACUCUCUAAUGUUGUGAUAACACUGCUUAAAUGAAUUAACAAAAAGAAAUUUUAAACAGAUGUGGCUUGAAAUUGGAAAUUGCCUAUCAAGUAAUAAUUGGAGUUCUAGUAUUUUUAUUGGAGCAAAAAUGAUGAAACUGCCAUCUUCCACUGAGAAGAUUAAAAAUCCUUCCUGCCAACCGUAUGUACAGUGUAGACUGUUGUAAGACAAUUUGUUCAUCAUACCCAAAGCAAGUGGCUUUAGAAAUUCAGAAUGGAACAUUUCCAGGGAUUUACAAAGCUUUGCCUUGAUUUUUGUUGAGCACAAUCAAUGUGCGUUGAGUGAUUUUUAGAAGAGGAGUGCUGUGAAAAAUACAAGCUAAGUAGUUCUUCCACGAAUUCUGGUACAAACAUGAAGUCAAGUUAUGACUGUUGCUCUUGAAGGAAAACUCACAUUGAAGUGAAAGAAAGUGUAACUUGCCUUUCAGUUAGGCAAGUCAACUAGUAUUGUAUUAGCCAAGUUGCCUCGUUAGCCUACAAGAGCUGUUUAUUUGCUAUCAAACUGCAGAAAGUCCUCAACAAGUCUCUGAAUUCAGAAGAUUUGAUAUUAAAACAUAUGUUGGUUUGUGCAGUGAUAGAGCUGCUUCUCUGGGUGUCUGCUGGAUUUAGCUUAUUUUUAAACAACUUUUCUGUUCCGCCUAGCAACAAAAGACUAUUUAAAAAAAAUAAAUUUUAUUGAGCCAAAUAUACUAAGUGUCUUGAAACCUUUUGAAAAAAAGGGUGCCUAUUCUACAAUGAAUUCUACAGUUUGUUGUAAGAACCAUUGUUGACACUCAAUCUUGAAAUGAGUACAUGCACCUGGUUUUGGAAGACAGCUGUAUUUUGUGAUCUAUUUUGAAAGAUUAAUUAUAUAGAAUAAUUUUACUUAUUUUUCAAUACCUGGAUGGACCCAGUUAAAUUGCUAAAACUUAACCACAACUGUUUUCAGUGAAAGUGCCAAGAAAAACUGAAGUAAUUGUUUCUGCAUCUUUUGACAUGCUGUCUGCUUUCUUAGAACAAGGAAAUAAU